AUGAGUCUUACUCCUGAAGUCCUGACAGCCGACUUCAAGAUCGCCGCUGUCGGUCUAUUGGUCGCUGGCCAAUGGUUCCCAAAGCACGCCAACAAAGACCAUAUCCCAACAGGGGAGUAUCCACUACUCCUCGUGACAGGAGGAGUUUUGGAUAAAAACCCAAUGCCGUCGUACUCGUCGCUGUCUGCUGCAAAGUCCGCGUCGCAGAACCUGACAGAUCAGUUCUCUCAAGUUCUAACUAGCGAGCAUAAUAUUUUAGUAGGACAGCCAUUGGUGGUUCAGCCUAUAAUCCCCAACCAAGAAGGAGGAUGGCUGACUAAGUUAGAUCCUGAGGUUAUUGUGAAGGAAGUCUUUCUGCCGUUUUUGGAGGCAAGAGAGUCUAUAGGGGUGAAUGUCGAGGGGAUUAAGGGAUGGAUCAGAGACCGAGUGUGGUGA